AUGGGAAUAAGAAGAGAUGAUUUAAAAAAUUUUUUUUUAAAUUUAUUUUUAGGAUGCGAAUGGAGGUUUGCAAGAUCCGAUGAAUUGACACGUCACUACCGGAAACACACGGGAGCGAAACCGUUUAAAUGUCGUCACUGCGAACGUUGUUUUUCACGUUCGGAUCAUUUGGCUCUUCAUAUGAAACGUCAUCCGUUGUAA